AUGGCUGAACGAUCCCGACGAGCUGUCGAGACGGACCUCUCGGACAAUGAGGGAGGCACUGGGUCCCACCCGACCCGCCUACGAUACACCUCACUUCGACAGUUGAACCAUUGGAUUGAUGAGGCUGGUUUCGGGUGGUUCCACUGGAAGAUGAUGAUAGCUGUUAGCGGCAUGCAAAUGCAGGACGGUGCUGAAGUCGUAUUGAUGUCUAGCAUACUACAGGCCCUUCAAGAGGAGUGGCACUUCUCCAAUUGGAUACGAGGAUCCCUUGUAUCUGUUCCAUUCGUCGGAGUGUUACUUGGCAGCCUCAUGGCCGGCCACAUUGCCGAUGUCGUGGGCCGUCGACCUGCCAUCCUCACAUCGUACAUCGUCAUGGUCGUAGCAGGUGUGUUCUCAGCAUUUGUCAACACAGUAGACGGCCUUAUGAUCACAAGGAUAUUCGUUGGCUUGUCUUACGGUGUGGUGACUCCCAGUACUCUCACCCUUCUCUUGGAAUGCACCCCUUCUACCAAACGCAAUGUUGUUAUUGCCUUCAUCCUUGGAAUGUUUUCUGCCGGCCAGCUGCUGGUCACGGCUCUUCUAUGGUGGUUGAUGCCGGACCUGCGGCUCCACGGGGUCGGAAGCUCCCGUGCCGGGCUCUGUCAGAAGAUCGAAAUCAGGCCGGAGUCGUGGUACAAGGACGAGUGCUUCUAUGAGCGUCACAGACCACAGCGUAGCAGAGUCGUAUAUAAUAGCCAUCUUUGA